CAUUCACUAAGCUUUGCCAUUGGUUAAAGUUGAUACCUUUAGACUUGUUAAACAAGUUAUGUUUUAAUUGACUAAGAUUUCCUCCUUUAUCCCCAGCCAGCACAUAGAUCACAAUUAAUACAAGAGAUGACAUUCGUUUGAAGAGAAAUCUCAGAGCACUGGGUAGACUGAAGAAAGAAUCUUCUUUUCAUUCAGAAAAAAAGAAUGUAUAGGCCAGGACGGGUGGCAUCAGCCACCAGAUCACUGAAUCCACUUGUAGUUGGCAUUUUUGUGGUGGCUGGAGUGGUGAUCCUGGGAGUGACCAUUGGUCUUCUUGUCCACUUUUUAGCAUUUGAUCAGAAACCAUACCUUUAUCAAAGCGACCUUCAGAUCACAAAUGUAGAAUACACAAAUCAGCUAGAUUCACCAACUUCACAAGAAUACAGAUCUUUAAGUAGAACUAUUGAGAAUUUGAUGAAUGAUACCUUCAAAGCAUCAAAUUUAGGAAGACAAUUCAUCAGAGCCUACGUUGUAAGAAUUCGGCAGGGUGAUCAAGGUGUGAUAGCAACUGUUCUCCUGAAGUUUCAGUUCCCACGUGGUACGAAUGGGGCAUCAAUGAAGAAUAGGAUCGAGCAGAUUUUAAAUCAGUUGCAGAAUAAUGUUGGGACUAUGACAAUCAAUAUUUUGCCUGAACAAGUUCAAUCUAUUCCUGCCGAGACUGCACAAGAUAUUUUAAUCAGAGAAUGUGGGUCCAGCCCUGAACUGAUGACACUGGCCUUUGAAAGAAUCAUAGCAGGAACACAAGCCAAAGCGGGAGACUGGCCGUGGCAAGCAAGCCUUCGGCUCAACAGUGUUCACCACUGUGGAGCUACCCUAAUUAGCAACACAUGGCUUCUGACUGCUGCUCACUGCUUCAGAAGUGUCCGUGAUCCACGCCAAUGGACUGUUACCUUUGGAUAUCUCCUAAAUUCUCCAGAAAAAAGAGCAAAUGUGAUGAGGAUUAUAAUACAUCCUAAUUAUAUAUCAGAAACUCAUGAAAAUGACAUUGCACUUGUAGAGCUCACUAGUGGAGUCACCUUUAACAGAAACAUCCAUAGAAUCUGUCUCCCACAGGCCAAUCAGAACAUCCCUGUAGGAGCCACUGUUUAUGUGACAGGAUGGGGAUCACUUCAACCUGGUGGUACAAGCGUAAAUGUUCUUCGGCAAGGUAUGGUCCAGAUCAUAAGCAAUGAUGACUGUAAUGCGCCAGAGAGCUAUAAUGGACUUGUCACAUCUGGCAUGAUAUGUGCUGGAACACCUGGAGGUGGCACUGAUGCUUGUCAGGGAGAUUCUGGUGGACCAUUAUCGAUGGCUGACUCAAGGCAGAUCUGGUCGGUUUGGGGAAUAGUGAGCUGGGGAUAUGAAUGUGGCCUGCCAGACAAACCUGGAGUCUAUACUUAUGUGCCCUCCUAUCGUGACUGGAUAACUCAACAAACUGGAAUCUAGUACAAUAAGCUGGUCUCUACUGUAAAUGUUGUAUGCAGGGCGUGCCUGUCUGAAAUGCCAAGCCUUUUUCCCAUUCAGUUUCGGUCACUACCUUAAGAUGGUGCUUUCAUAAAUUCCUCGACAGUUUUUACAAAAUAGUUCUUCAUUGAGAUGCUCGUUAUAAUAAUUCCUUUCUUUUUAGGGGACAGAUUAUUUUUAACCUAGAAGAUCUUUCUAGUGCUGUUUUGCAGGACUUGAAAUUCUUUUGCCUGCUUUUUAAGCUGAAGGGACUACAUCGUCAUUGAAGGCCCAUUUUCCAUUUUCCACUUAGCCAAAGAGAUUUGGCAGUUCUUUCUUUAUCUAAAGGAUAAGCCCUGCAAUGUUGUGAAAAGCAUACUAGAGGACCUUGGUUUAAAUCCAAACUCUGCCACCUGCUACCUGUGUGGCCUUGAGCAAGUCACUUAACCACUUGGAGCUUUGGCAUUUGUAAAAUGAGGAGAUUGUACUAAAGUCCCUUUCAGUUCUAAAUCUCAGGCUUUAUAACUACAACUUUACAGAUUUCCGUUCCUUAAAUCUAAAGCCUUUCUUUAUUCAAUAUUCAUUAUUCAAAUGUCUGACCUUUACACCAUUCCUUUCUUUCCUGCUGACAGAACAGUAAUAGUAAAUAGAAAUUUGUUUCUGGAAUUUACCAAAUGGUACUUCAAAGUAGUAAUCCAGGGAUAAUUGAAUACACUUAUUUUUACAAUGUUUUAUACUGUAACAACCAAAGCAAGGAAAGGAGUUUUAGUGACUAGAAAAGUAAUUUGAUGUCUGUGUUGGUACAGUCAUGUCCUCUUCCCCUGCUAUCAUUGUAUCUUUCAUUUUUCCUGUCUGUCAAGUGUAAAUAAAAAGUAUGGGGCAUUUAUCUGCCUUACAGGAUGAAUGAAAGGUAGUAAAGCCCUGAUUAAUCCAAGUGCUGAAAAAAUGGGUGCUCUGAUUAAUUGGUUUACUUUUCAGCCUUUGUGGGUACAACAUGGUGAGCAUUGUUUAAACUGUCUUUGGGGAUUUGAUAGUGCCUCUGAGGAAUAAUUAACACAAUUAUUGUCUUUGUAUAGUUCUGUGGAUAUAAAAUGGUUAAACUAUGAAUAUUUGAGAGUACUAGUUAA